CGAGAGUUUUCGAGCCCCGGCUGCAAGUGGUCUCUCUUCCCCGCGGCGGUUUUUCGGUCUGGUGUGGCAAGUUGCGAAGGGACCCGGAGGUCGGGAGAGGACUGCGCUCCCCCUCGCGCUCCCUUCUUCGCCUUUCUGGCUCCGGGUGUGAAAUCCCAGCGAAAUUUACGAAGGCCUCCUGGUCCAGCCGAGACCUGUCCGCAGCGUUUAAGGCCGCCGUCCCCGUCCCCACUGGGAGCACAGGGCGCCAGGGAAGGACUGGCGGGAGGAGGAGGAGGGUGGAUACGGCGGCGGCAUGGCGAGGUUCCCGAGGGCCGACCUGGCCGCUGCAGGAGUUGUGUUACUUUGCCACUUUUUAAUGGACCGGUUUCAGUUCGCCGGAGGGGAGCCUGGAAACCAAAUCAAUGAUUGGCAAUAUCAAAGUUCCCAGGCCUUCCUACGAAUGGAAGAGGAGGUGGAAGUGGACACGCACGCCUUCAGCCACCGCUGGAAAAGGAGCCUGGAUUCCCUCAAGGCGGUGGACACAAACCGAGCAAGCACGGGCCAAGACUCCCCAGAGGCCAGAGGCUUCACACACCUGCUCUUGGACGAUGGGCAGGACAAUGCCACCCAGAUUGAGGAGGACACAGAUCACAAUUACUAUACAUCUCGAAUAUACGGUCCAUCUGAUUCUGCCAGCCGUGAUCUGUGGGUGAACAUAGACCAAAUGGAAAAGGACAAAGUGAAGAUUCAUGGGAUACUGUCCAACACUCAUCGGCAAGCUGCAAGAGUGAAUCUGUCCUUCGAUUUUCCAUUUUACGGCCAUUUUCUACGUGAAAUCACUGUGGCAACAGGGGGUUUCAUAUAUACUGGAGAAGUUGUACAUCGAAUGCUAACAGCCACACAAUACAUAGCACCUUUAAUGGCAAAUUUUGAUCCCAGUGUAUCCAGAAAUUCAACAGUCAGAUAUUUUGAUAAUGGCACAGCACUUGUUGUUCAGUGGGACCACGUACAUCUUCAGGAUAAUUACAACCUGGGAAGCUUCACGUUCCAGGCAACCCUGCUCAUGGACGGACGCAUUAUCUUUGGAUACAAGGAAAUUCCUGUCUUGGUCACACAAAUAAGUUCGACGAAUCAUCCAGUGAAAGUUGGGCUGUCUGAUGCAUUCGUCGUGGUCCACAGGAUCCAGCAAAUUCCCAAUGUUCGAAGAAGAACAAUUUAUGAAUACCACCGCGUAGAGUUACAGAUGUCAAAAAUUACCAACAUUUCAGCUGUGGAGAUGACCCCAUUACCUACCUGUCUCCAGUUUAAUGGUUGUGGCCCCUGUGUUGCCGCUCAGAUUGGCUUCAACUGCAGUUGGUGUAGUAAACUUCAAAGAUGUUCCAGUGGAUUCGAUCGCCAUCGGCAGGACUGGGUGGACAGUGGAUGCCCUGAAGAGUCAAAAGAGAAGAUGUGUGAGAACACAGAGCCAGUGGAAAGUCCUUCCCAGACCAGCACAACCACGCAAGCGACAACCACACAAUUCAGGGUCUUAACGACCACCAGAAGAGCAGCCACCUCCCAGCUGCCCACCAGCCUGCCCACAGAAGAUGAUACCAAGAUAGCACUACAUCUAAAAGAUAAUGGAGCUUCUACAGAUGACAGUGCAGCCGAGAAGAAAGGGGGAACCCUGCAUGCUGGCCUCAUUGUUGGGAUUCUCAUCCUGGUCCUCAUUAUAGCUGCAGCCAUUCUCGUGACAGUCUAUAUGUAUCACCAUCCAACGUCAGCGGCCAGCAUCUUCUUUAUUGAGAGACGCCCAAGCAGAUGGCCUGCGAUGAAGUUUCGAAGAGGUUCUGGCCAUCCUGCCUAUGCUGAAGUUGAACCAGUGGGCGAGAAGGAAGGUUUUAUUGUAUCAGAGCAGUGCUAAGGUUUCUGGAACAGAACAGCACCAGUGCUGGCUUACAGGUGUUAAGACUAAAAUUUGCCUAUACCUUUAAGACGAACACACGCACGCGCACACACAAACACACACACACACACAUACCUAGAUACACGCGCGCGCACACGCACGCAAAAGAGCCCUAAGCUGCUGUAGCCUGAAGGAGACAAGAUUUCUGGACAAGGCCAGCCCAGAAAGGGUAAAAGAAAAAUUAACACUUAUACAAGAUACCAUUUACCACUGAACGUAGAAUUCCGCAGUGGGAUGGCGUCUGUAGUUCACUCAGAAUAUCUCCGGUGGACUUAUCAGAAUUAUGACAAGAUUACAAUGCUAUCGGCUUAGGUGCAGGGUUGCAAAGGGAUGGAAAAAAAAAUAAUCGUAACAAAGCUUUAGUUCAUAAGGGAUCUAUACCUCUGGUUCAAAUAUACUUCUCUGGUGUCUCAAAGACAACUGUGUUCCAAAGCCUGAACCCUUUUCACCCAGAAGGGUGAUGAUGUUGAAUGUUUCAAGAUAGCUAUGAAAAGUAGCUCAUGCAGGAGCAAAAACCAACACAAAAGGUGGGGUUUCCUAUCCUAUCACCGGAUGUGUGGCCAAAGGGUUUUGUUUUUCUGGUCUAGAUCCACCUGUCCCAACAAGUUCAUUACUUUAUAGGACGAAUCUUUUAUCUGCACGGGAGGUGUAAACGAUGCCUCCCUCUUCCCACAGUUGCUGUUCCUGGUUAAUGCCCUUUCUAUGAACGGUGACGGAAUUUCCAAGCUUUUGGCUAAGGAGGAGGAAAGGGGGAGUGGCAAAGGAGGCUCUGGGUUCUGCCCCCCGCAGAAUAAAACUUCUGAUCAGUUUUGUGAA